AGAGGAUUCUGGAAAGGUCUCUUUGUUUUCUUGUCCACAGAGCAGGCAAGAAAACAUUUGUAAUUCAUUUGUGGACCUCUGUGGCCAAAAUCUCAGCAACUGCAGAGGAAGGCAUAUUCUCUAACCAUCUUGGAUGCUGGGCUUUGUUAUGCUGUGAUCCGUAGGCUCUGCUUUAUCAGAUCAUGGAGCAAGAAAGUUGAAGCCACACCACAUCAGAGUUCAUCAGGGAUGAGAUGCCUGUCAAGGACUGCAGCAGAGUAGAUUUCUGGGGAAAAAACACAGAAUCUCUUCUAGGGAUAUUUUAUGAACAAAUGAGAUAAUUCCCAGAAGGAGCCUGGAACUUUUCUGGAAAAAGGCGCUGUGACUAUCUAAGGCAAUUCUUAUGCAAGAAGCUAAACGUAAUUAAAUGUGCAGGAUGAAAAGAUGGCACAGACACUGCUGGUACCCCCGGGACCUGAAAGCUUCCGCCUUUUUACUAGAGAAUCUCUUGCUGCUAUCGAAAAACGUGCUGCAGAAGAGAAAGCCAAGAAGCCCAAAAGAGAACAAGAUGAUGAUGAAAACAAACCAAAGCCAAAUAGUGACUUGGAAGCUGGAAAGAACCUUCCAUUCAUUUAUGGAGACAUUCCUCCAGAGAUGGUAUCAGAGCCCCUGGAGGACCUGGACCCGUACUAUAUCAGUAAGAGAACUUUUAUAGUAUUGAAUAAAGGGAAGGCAAUUUUCCGAUUCAGUGCCACCUCUGCCUUGUAUAUUUUAACUCCGCUAAACCCUGUUAGGAAAAUUGCUAUUAAGAUUUUGGUAAAUUCUUUAUUCAGCAUGCUUAUCAUGUGCACUAUUUUGACCAACUGUGUAUUUAUGACAUUGAGUAACCCUCCAGACUGGACGAAGAAUGUAGAGUAUACAUUUACUGGAAUCUAUACCUUUGAGUCACUUAUAAAAAUCUUAGCAAGAGGGUUUUGCUUGGAAGAUUUUACAUUCCUUCGUGAUCCAUGGAAUUGGCUGGAUUUCAGCGUUAUUGUGAUGGUAUAUGUGACAGAGUUUGUGGACCUGGGCAAUGUUUCGGCAUUGAGAACAUUCAGAGUUCUUCGAGCACUGAAAACAAUUUCAGUCAUUCCAGGCUUGAAGACCAUUGUGGGGGCCCUGAUCCAGUCAGUGAAGAAGCUUUCUGACGUCAUGAUUCUGACUGUGUUCUGUCUCAGCGUGUUUGCUCUGAUUGGGCUGCAGCUGUUCAUGGGCAACCUGAGGAAUAAAUGUCUGCAGUGGCCCCCAAAUGACUCUGCUUUUGAAACCAAUAUCACUUCCUACUUUAAUGGCACGACAGAUUCAAACGGGACGUUGGUUAAUGUAACGAUGAGCGUAUUUAAUUGGAAAGAAUACAUUGGAGAUGACAGUCACUUUUAUGUUUUGGAUGGACAAAAAGACCCUUUACUCUGUGGAAAUGGCUCAGAUGCAGGCCAGUGUCCAGAAGGAUACAUCUGUGUGAAGGCUGGUCGAAACCCCAACUAUGGCUACACGAGCUUUGACACCUUUAGCUGGGCUUUCCUAUCUCUGUUUAGACUCAUGACUCAGGACUACUGGGAAAACCUUUACCAGUUGACAUUACGUGCUGCUGGAAAAACAUACAUGAUAUUUUUUGUCUUAGUGAUUUUCUUGGGCUCUUUUUAUUUGGUGAAUUUGAUCCUGGCUGUGGUGGCCAUGGCCUAUGAGGAACAGAACCAGGCCACCUUGGAAGAGGCAGAACAGAAAGAGGCUGAAUUUCAGCAGAUGCUCGAGCAGCUGAAAAGGCAACAGGAGGAAGCUCAGGCAGUCGCAGCAGCGUCAGCUGCUUCGAGAGAUUUCAGUGGAAUAGGUGGCCUGGGAGAGCUCUUAGAAAGUUCUUCAGAAGCAUCGAAGUUAAGCUCCAAAAGUGCUAAGGAGUGGAGGAACCGAAGGAAGAAAAGAAGACAGAGGGAGCACCUCGAAGGAAACAACAAGGGUGAAGGGGACAGGUUUCCCAAAUCUGAAUCUGAAGACAGUGUCAAAAGAAGAAGUUUUCUUUUCUCCAUGGAUGGAAACCGACUGACUGGGGACAAGAAGUUCUGCUCUCCCCAUCAGUCCCUGCUGAGUAUUCGUGGCUCCCUGUUUUCCCCAAGACGCAACAGCAAAACAAGCAUUUUCAGCUUCAGAGGUCGGACAAGGGAUGUGGGAUCUGAAAAUGACUUUGCUGAUGAUGAGCACAGCACAUUUGAAGACAGCGAGAGCAGGAGAGACUCCCUGUUUGUGCCGCACAGACAUGGAGAGCGACGCAACAGUAACGUUAGUCAGGCCAGUAUGUCAUCCAGGAUGGUGCCAGGGCUUCCAGCAAGUGGGAAGAUGCACAGCACUGUGGAUUGCAAUGGUGUGGUUUCCUUGGUGGGUGGACCUUCAGCUCUAACGUCACCUACUGGACAACUUCAGCCAGAGGGCACCACCACUGAAACGGAAGUCAGAAAGAGAAGGUUAAGUUCCUUCCAGAUUUCAAUGGAGAUGCUGGAGGAUUCCUCUGGAAGGCAAAGAGCUAUGAGCAUAGCCAGCAUCCUGACCAACACAAUGGAAGAACUUGAAGAAUCUAGACAGAAAUGUCCCCCAUGUUGGUAUAGAUUUGCCAAUGUGUUCUUGAUCUGGGACUGCUGUGAUGCUUGGUUAAAAGUGAAGCAUCUUGUGAACUUAAUUGUUAUGGAUCCAUUUGUCGAUCUUGCCAUCACUAUUUGUAUUGUCUUAAAUACCCUCUUUAUGGCCAUGGAGCACUACCCUAUGACGGAUCAAUUCAGUAGUGUGUUGAAUGUAGGAAACUUGGUCUUCACUGGGAUUUUCACAGCAGAGAUGAUUCUUAAGAUCAUUGCUAUGGACCCCUAUUACUAUUUCCAAGAGGGCUGGAAUAUCUUUGAUGGAAUUAUUGUCAGCCUCAGUUUAAUGGAGCUUGGUCUGUCAAACGUGGACGGAUUAUCUGUACUGCGGUCAUUCAGAUUGCUUCGAGUGUUCAAGUUGGCAAAAUCCUGGCCCACACUAAAUAUGCUAAUUAAGAUCAUUGGCAAUUCUGUGGGGGCUCUAGGGAACCUCACCUUGGUGUUGGCCAUCAUCGUCUUCAUUUUUGCCGUGGUCGGCAUGCAGCUCUUCGGUAAGAGCUACAAAGAAUGUGUCUGCAAGAUCAAUGAUGACUGUAAGCUCCCACGCUGGCACAUGAAUGACUUCUUCCACUCCUUCCUGAUUGUGUUCCGCGUGCUGUGUGGAGAGUGGAUAGAGACCAUGUGGGACUGUAUGGAGGUCGCCGGCCAAACCAUGUGCCUUAUUGUUUUCAUGUUGGUCAUGGUCAUUGGAAAUCUUGUGGUCCUGAACCUCUUUCUGGCCUUACUGUUGAGCUCAUUUAGCUCAGAUAACCUUGCUGCUACUGAUGAUGAUAAUGAAAUGAACAACCUUCAGAUUGCUGUAGGAAGGAUGCAAAAGGGAAUCGAUUAUGUGAAAAAUAAGAUACGGGAGUGUUUCCAGAAAACAUUUUUAAGAAAGCCAAAAGUAAUAGAAAUCCACGAAAGCAACAAAAUAGACAGCUGCAUGUCCAAUAACACUGGAAUUGAAAUAAGCAAAGAACUUAAUUACCUUAAAGAUGGGAAUGGAACCACCAGUGGUGUAGGUACUGGAAGCAGUGUUGAAAAAUAUGUGAUUGAUGAAAAUGAUUAUAUGUCAUUCAUAAACAACCCCAGCCUCACCGUAACAGUGCCGAUUGCUGUUGGGGAGUCUGAUUUUGAAAAUUUAAAUACUGAAGAGUUCAGCAGUGAGUCAGAACUAGAAGAAAGCAAAGAGAAAUUAAAUGCAACCAGCUCAUCUGAAGGAAGCACGGUUGAUGUUGCUCCACCUCGGGAAGGUGAACAAGCUGAAAUUGAACCCGAAGAAGACCUUAAACCGGAAGCUUGUUUUACUGAAGGCUGUAUUAAAAAAUUUCCAUUCUGCCAAGUCAGUACGGAAGAAGGCAAAGGAAAGAUCUGGUGGAACCUUCGGAAAACCUGCUAUAGCAUUGUCGAGCACAACUGGUUUGAGACUUUUAUUGUCUUCAUGAUCCUUCUCAGUAGUGGUGCUUUGGCUUUUGAAGAUAUAUACAUUGAACAGCGGAAGACUAUCAAAACCAUGCUAGAAUAUGCUGACAAGGUCUUCACUUACAUAUUCAUUCUGGAAAUGCUCCUUAAAUGGGUAGCUUAUGGAUUUCAAACAUAUUUCACUAAUGCCUGGUGCUGGUUAGAUUUCUUAAUCGUUGAUGUUUCUUUGGUUAGCUUGGUAGCCAAUGCUCUUGGCUAUUCAGAACUUGGUGCCAUCAAAUCCCUCCGUACACUAAGAGCUUUAAGACCACUAAGAGCCUUAUCCCGGUUUGAAGGCAUGAGGGUGGUUGUGAAUGCUCUUGUUGGAGCAAUUCCCUCUAUCAUGAAUGUGCUGUUGGUUUGUCUCAUCUUCUGGUUGAUCUUUAGCAUUAUGGGUGUGAAUUUGUUUGCUGGAAAAUUCUACCAUUGUGUUAACAUGACAACUGGUAACAUGUUUGAAGUUAGUGAUGUCAACAAUCUGAGCGAUUGUCAGGCUCUUGGCAAGCAAGCUCGUUGGAAAAAUGUGAAAGUAAACUUUGAUAAUGUUGGUGCUGGCUAUCUUGCUUUGCUUCAAGUGGCCACAUUUAAAGGCUGGAUGGAUAUUAUGUAUGCAGCUGUUGAUUCACGAGAUGUUAAACUUCAACCUGUAUAUGAAGAAAAUCUGUAUAUGUAUUUAUACUUUGUCAUCUUUAUCAUCUUUGGAUCAUUCUUCACUCUGAAUCUAUUCAUUGGUGUCAUCAUAGAUAACUUCAACCAGCAGAAAAAGAAGUUUGGAGGUCAAGAUAUCUUUAUGACAGAGGAACAGAAAAAAUAUUACAAUGCAAUGAAGAAACUUGGAUCCAAGAAACCUCAGAAACCUAUACCUCGGCCAGCAAACAAAUUUCAAGGAAUGGUUUUUGACUUUGUAACCAGACAAGUCUUUGACAUCAGCAUUAUGAUCCUCAUCUGCCUCAACAUGGUCACCAUGAUGGUGGAAACUGAUGACCAGAGUAAAUACAUGACCCUAAUUUUGUCCAGAAUCAACCUUGUAUUCAUUAUCCUGUUCACUGGAGAAUUUGUGCUGAAGCUUAUCUCCCUCAGAUACUACUAUUUCACUAUAGGCUGGAACAUCUUUGAUUUUGUGGUUGUGAUUCUCUCCAUUGUAGGUAUGUUUCUGGCUGAGCUGAUAGAAAAGUACUUCGUGUCCCCUACCCUGUUUCGAGUGAUCCGUCUUGCUAGGAUUGGCCGCAUCCUGCGUCUGAUCAAAGGAGCGAAGGGGAUCCGCACGCUGCUCUUUGCUCUGAUGAUGUCCCUUCCUGCGCUGUUUAACAUUGGUCUCCUGCUCUUCCUGGUCAUGUUCAUCUACGCCAUCUUUGGAAUGUCCAACUUUGCCUACGUUAAAAAGGAAGCUGGAAUUGACGACAUGUUCAACUUCGAGACCUUUGGCAAUAGCAUGAUCUGCCUGUUCCAAAUCACCACCUCUGCUGGCUGGGAUGGAUUGCUAGCCCCUAUUCUUAAUAGCGCCCCACCUGACUGUGACCCUGACACAAUUCACCCAGGAAGCUCAGUUAAGGGAGACUGUGGAAACCCAUCUGUCGGGAUUUUCUUUUUUGUCAGUUACAUCAUCAUAUCCUUUCUGGUGGUGGUGAACAUGUACAUUGCGGUCAUCUUGGAGAACUUCAGUGUUGCUACUGAGGAAAGUGCAGAGCCCCUGAGUGAGGAUGACUUUGAGAUGUUCUAUGAGGUUUGGGAGAAGUUCGAUCCAGAUGCAACUCAGUUCAUGGAAUUUGAAAAACUAUCUCAGUUUGCAGCUGCCCUUGAACCUCCUCUCAAUUUGCCACAACCUAACAAACUGCAGCUCAUUGCCAUGGAUUUGCCCAUGGUCAGUGGUGACCGAAUCCAUUGUCUUGACAUCUUAUUUGCUUUUACAAAGCGGGUUCUUGGAGAGAGUGGAGAGAUGGAUGCUCUCCGAAUACAGAUGGAAGAGCGAUUUAUGGCUUCGAACCCUUCCAAGGUCUCCUAUCAGCCAAUCACUACUACUUUAAAACGAAAGCAAGAGGAAGUAUCUGCUGUUAUUAUUCAGCGUGCUUACAGGCGCCAUCUUUUAAAGCGAACUGUAAAACAGGCUUCAUUUACGUAUAAUAAAAACAAAAUCAAAGUUGGGGCUAAUCUUCUUGUAAAGGAAGAUAUGAUAAUUGACAGAAUAAAUGAGAACUCUAUCACGGAAAAAACUGAUAUUACCAUGUCCACUGCAGUUUGUCCACCCUCCUAUGACCGGGUGACAAAGCCAAUUGUAGAAAAACAUGAGCAAGAAGGCAAAGAUGAAAAAGCCAAAGGGAAAUAAAUAAAACAAAUAAUAUCAUUGGGUGACAAAUUGUUUACAGCCUGUGAAGGUGAUGUAUUUUUGUCAACAGGACUCCUUUAGGAGGUCAAUGCCAAACUGACUGUUUUUAAACAAAUCUACUUAAGGUCAGUGCCUACAAUAAGACAGUGACCCCUUGUCGGCAAACUGUGACUCUGUGUAAAGAGGAGACAACCUUGACAGGAGGUUACUGUUCUCACUACCAGCUGACACUGCUGAAGACAAGAGACAAAGUGGCUAUUCAGACUGUAGGGACCAGUUUAAAGGGGUGCAAACCUAUAAUUUUGGGGAUCUUCAACAUGAAACACUUUAGUGUAGUAAUUGUAUCCACUGUUUGCAUUUCAACUGCCACAUUUGUCACAUUUUUACAGAUCUGUUAGUGGAUUCAUCUUUUUUUUAUCCAUAUGUUGUUUAUUAUAUGUGAUAUUUUUGUAAAUGGGGUUUCUGUUGGGAAAUAGACUAAAGAACCUCUUGUAUGCCACCUAGGGGUUAUGGCAACCACAUGGCCCUCCCAUCUGCACAAAGACGUGGUUUGCAUGAGGGCAUGCUGCACUUAGAGAUCAUGCAUGAGAAAAAGUCACAAGGAAAACAAUGAGUUCUUAAAUUCCAUCUGUUUCUGGGAGGGGUAAUUAGGUGAUAAUUGGAAUGCUUUGCUGAUCUUGUUUUGUCAAAUCCAGUCCCUAGACCAUGCAGAUUGUUUUGAGGUAGACCAUUAAAUCUUAGCAGUUGCAAACUUCAUUCAAAUGUCUGGAGUCAUAAAUGUUAUGUUUUUAUUUAUAUAUUAAAAAAAAAAACUAA